UGGAACGUGAUAAAGAGCAUUUUCGUCAUCUACUACUUUAUUGCUUUGAUUCGAAAAAAACGGUUGCCGAAGUUCAUCGUUUUAUCGCAAGAAACUUAUUCCGAGUUUGCUCUAUCAAGUAGCACGUGUGAGUACUGGUAUCGACGAUUUAAAAGUGAUAAUUUUGAUUUGAAAGACAAAGAACGUUCAGGUCAACCAAAAAAGUUCGAAGACAUCGAAUUGCAGGCAUUGUUGAAAAUCCAGCACAAUCCAUUUCAAAACUUGCCAGAAAAUUAAAUGCUGAUCGUACAACAGUUACUAAACGUUUACAUGGUAUAGGAAAAAUUCGAAAAGGUAAAUGGGUUUCUACACGAAUUGUCUAAAUUAGCUAUUCAAAAUCAAAAAGGAAGAGGCAAAAAAAUUAAAGAAAAAAUUCGAAGAAAAGUGUAGAAGGUGCACGUAAAAGGAACAGAUAUGCUUCAUAGGUUAUGACGAGUUAGAGUGCGUGAGUUGUAUCUUGCUGUGUUUUGUUUCGUCCUAAUUUGCAAAAUACUUGAGGAAUUAGUGCGGUAGAAUAUCAACCAAAGUAGCUUAAUUGAAAAUACAUUGUUGUAAAAAAAAGAGACUGUUACGAUAAUAAGGAUCUUACGGAGGUUAUGACGUUACGUUGCGUUCGGCCACGAUCAUCCGACGGUCUCGGAGAUUCGUGACACGCUCCCGACGAAGAUGGAGAAGCCCCCGAAGAAGAUGAAUUCGAAAGAAUCCAUCAGCUUGCUCGAUAUGCUGUCGGAAAGCGAUUCCGACAGCACUGACCUGAUUCUUGCCCCUCAGAAAAAGAAGAAAGUCAAGCGACGGCACAAAUCACGGAUCUUGUCUAGAAACCGACAUAGCAAUUCUUGUGGCUGUAACAAGUCGGAUAUAAGGAUUAUAUCCUUGUGGUUAGCAGCUGUAUUGAUCACGUUCUGGCUGAUCGCUUUAUCCUGGCUAGCAACUAUACUGUAUGGCGAGAUUAAGAAAAUGGAUAUGUCUAUAAAAUCAGACAAAGAUGUAGACUGAAGUAAAGAUUUUUAUGCCGAUUAAUUCCGAACAGUCGCACCGUUUG